AUGUCUUCUUCGGGGGUAAUCUUUUUUAAUAUUUUACUUUUAAUUACUCUAAUUUAUCAACAGGUUUCGAGAUCAUCUAAUGAAGUAACUCGUACAAGCAGUUUUGAAUAUGAGGAUGUCAGCGUUAAAAGGGCCAGCAGUCCCCCAUCAAGCAUUGAAGGGGAUGAAUAUCCACGUAGUAUUGAAAGUGAAAGAAUGCUGUCUGGAAUAUCUAUGCGUUCUUUACGAACUCGAGUGCCUUGGGAAAAGAAAGGCGUUUAUCACCAUUUCAUCCACUUUUCUCAUAUACUCUCUCAGAGUAAUAUGAUUAAAUUUCCAUAUUUUCCUUUCAUUUUUGCCUAUGUUUCUGCUUAUUUGUUUGUUGGUGUUCCAGUAUUGUGCGUUGAGAUGGCUUUGGGUCAAUUUGCUUCGGUUCCUCCUGUCGAAUUGUUUAGAAAAAUGUGCCCGUCUCUUGCUGGAAUCGGCACAGUUAUGUUAGCUCUAUUAAUGUUUAAAGCAAUUUCAAUGGCUGCUGAUUCUACUCAAGCUACUUUGUCUGCAUUAUAUACAAUACGUGAAGGUUUUAGAAGUGGAGGACCUUUAUGGAAUAAUUGUACAUUUUCUGGUUCUAGUCAUCUUUGCUUUAGACGUAGCUAUACUCAAUGUUAUGAAAUUAUUCAAAGCAACACUUCCCAUACACUGGCAGAAUUUAAUUCAUUAAAUUGUCAUGGUUGGAUUCGUGGUCUAGAUAUAAUUUAUAAUGUUUCGUCAAAACAAAGAUGGAGAAUGUGGAGACCGCCACAUUUGGAUUUUAUUACAGCAAAUGUUUAUAUGCCAAUCUGGCAUCAAAAAGACUGGUUCUUUCCUUUUAAAUCGGGCGCAAUUUUACUCAUUAUUUGGACAGUUACUGGAUUUUUAAUUUAUAUUGGAAUCAGAAAAUUGGGAAAAACAUUUGUUUGUUUAAAAGGAAUUAUUGGCGUUGCAAUGCUUUUGAAUAUGCUUAUGAGUUUAUAUUAUACACCAGCAGAUGCAGAUUGGCAUGAAUUUUUUAAAUUUGAUUUGUCUCCUUUAUCAAGCUUUGGAAUUUGGGCAGACGCUGUUGGUUUUGUAAUUGUUUCCUUAGCUUUGGGUACUGGUUCUGUACAAAAAAUUAGUAGUCUGUCUGAUUUUAAUGAAAAUUUUUUCUAUAAUGCUUUAAUUACAAGUGCUGCUGAUAUAUUAUUUAGUUUAAUAUCUGGAAUUACUCAUUUCUCUUCAAUUGCUUCAAUGGCUCAUAGAAUAUAUCCUGAAGAUGAAAUACCCCAUAGAAUUAAGUUUAUGUUUACACAUGAACAUGUAACGCCCAUCACAAUGUUUCCAGAACAUAUAAUUUGGAGUACUAAAUUUGGUUGGAUUUUUGGUGUUCUUCAUUAUUUGGCUAUUGGAUUUCUUGGAAUUACACACACUGUAUAA